AUGAACCAUGAAAACACAGCCCUGAUAUCCUUGAAGGAGGCAAUGAAAAGAGUAGACAACAAGCUCCAAACUCUAGAUGCACAGUUCAAAGAACUAGACAUUACCAAGGAUAAACUGACACAGCAAUUUGAACACCAUAGCAAGACUUUGGCAAGCCAAGCAGCCCAGGAUGAGAUAUGGACAGCGGUUCUGGCCCUCGGGUUCACCUCAAUGGAACUGAAUAUUUUAUACAGCUAUGUCAUUGAAGUCCUUAUUUGCUUGCACACUCGAGUGCUUCAGAAGCUUCCAGACCUGGUGAGAAGUCUUCCGACCUUAGCCUCUGUCCUUAGAAGAAAAGUCAAGAACAAGCAUGUUAGAACCGUGUGGGAGUCAGUCCUGGAGGAGUAUGGGCUACAAGAGAGAGACGUCACAGUGCUCUGUACCUUCUUCAUUGCGCAUGGCGACAAAGCAGAACACUACGCUGCUAAUGUACGACAGAUGUACAUCAAAGAUGUUACGUUCAUGAUCACCAACAUGGUAAAGAACCAGGCUCUGCAGGAUGGAUUGCUGCGGGCUGUUCAGGUCAUUGAGAAGGGGAAAGCAGUGAGGACCUCUGAAAACCAAAGGGCAUCCCUGAAAGAGUUGAUAGCAUCAGCCAAAGAUUGA